GAGAGAGAGAAAAUCAGAAAACCUAAGAGCAUUAAGCAAAAGUGAAUCAGAGAAGACUCAGGAACAAGAAGAAGAUGGGAUUGUUCUCCAACAAGAUCUCCAGAGAUGAGCUCAAAGCCGGAGAUCACAUCUAUUCAUGGCGAUCUUACAUCUACUCCCAUCACGGAAUCUAUGUAGGCGACGGUAAAGUCAUUCACUUUACUCGUCGAGGUGGUCUUGAGAUCGGAACCGGUACUUAUCUGGACAACAUCAUCCAGAUCUCAGUUCCUCGUCACGGAGACAACCCUUGUCCUAAUUGCGGAGAUCAAUCGAUUCUCGACGGCGUAAUCUCUUCUUGUCUUGACUGCUUUCUCGCCGGGGGAAGCCUCUACCUCUUCCAGUACGAUGUCUCCAAGGCUAUCCUUGUGGCCAAACAGCGAGGCGGUACCUGCACUACAGCACCUUCAGAUCCUCCUGAAGAAGUCGUUCACCGCGCUAAGUGCCUUUUAUGGAGUAAUGGGUUUGGUGAGUACCAUCUCUUGGACAACAACUGUGAGGAUUUUGCUAUCCAUUGCAAGACUGGUCUGCUUGUUUUUUCGGUCACCAAGUCUGGGAGCAGCAGCCAAGUCAACGCGGUGUGUGCAGCAGGUGGUGUUGCUUCUUUGGCACUCAGGUAUUUAGGGGUGGGAAGGACUGCUGGUCAAGCGGCUUCGUUGGCGGUGUCUCCAGCUACGGUGGUUUCUGCUGCAACCAGGGCUGUUACGAUGACGCUUGGACUUGUGACUACUGGUUUUGCAGCCGUGGCUGUGGCGGGAUACAGUAAUUACUGUAUCGGUCGUGUGGCUUACGACGUUGGUGUGAGAAAGGAUGUUCGCAAAGUCCCUGUGGAAGAGCUUGCUACACUUAUGGCAGUUCGCAAUAUAUUGGACAAUACCAACAGCGACAAAAACAAGUAGUGGAAAAUUAUUUAACCACUUGUUUCAUGGAUUGUUGAUGAGUCAUUGACUUUACUUCUGCUUUGUUUGUAUUGUGUAAACUGUAUUUUUAACUAUUUGUGGAAAUGGCAAAUACAGUCAAAACAAUAUUUAUUACU